AUGAGUGACGAACCGUUCAAAGUUGCCAUUGUUGGCGGAGGUUAUACUGGCCUAGCUACUGCCUUGCAUCUGGAGAUACUAGGAAUAGACUGGGUUCUCAUCGAAGCCCAUGAUGUGAUUGCCCCUCAGCUGGGCGCUUCUAUUGGUUUGGCUCCAAAUGGGAUGGCGAUUAUUGAUCAACUUGGGUGCCUAGAAGAUGUGGAAAAGAGGUCUACCGCCUGCAGGUCGGCGCAGAUGCGGAAUGGCGAGGGCAAAAUUAUGUACUCAUUUGCCGUCGAUCCUAUUCGCCAAAUACAUGGCUACGACCUGACCUUUACUGAGCGUCGCAUCGUGCUUGAAAUUUUCUAUGACCAUAUUCAAUCUAAGGAUAAGAUUUUUACGGGUCAGAAAGUACAGAGCAUAGAGCACACCAAGGAUGGCGUGGAGAUCUAUACCCAAGAGGGGCGUACCUUUACUGCCGACCUUGUGGUUGGUGCUGAUGGAAUACACAGCCAUGUCCGAGGACAGAUGUGGAAGGCAGCAUGGAACGAUGGCUCGACGGCGUUUAGUAAGCAGAUUGGUCAAGACGUUGAGACGGAGUAUGGAUGUGUCUUCGGCUUAUCUAACCGGACGAAUGAUCUCAAAGAAGGCCAAAUUUACCAGGUGCAUACCUUCGACCGCAUGUUGGGGUUGGUAAUGGGACAAAAUGAUGACAUCUACUGGUUUCACUUCUUCAGGGCUCCAAAAAAGCACACCGGCAUGGAUUUGCCGCGAUACACGGAGAAGGAUGUGGAACGGUUGCUGGCCGAAGAUGGGCACCGCAUUGUGAAAGACGGGACGACAUUCAACGACAUCUUCAAUAACAGGAAGACUCAUGUCAUCACUCCUUUGCCAACACACACUUUCCAGGGAUGGCACUAUAAGCGUAUAAUAUGUCUGGGAGAUGCUGUUGCCAAGUUCCAACCUAUUCAAGGUCAGGGUGGUUGCAUGGCCCUUGAAUCGACGGCCGCUUUUGUAGACCAGCUCUACAAUGCUCUCGAGGCCAACAAUAUGCAGAAGCUCUCAGCGGAGCAGAUCGAGUCUGUAUUCACUAAGACCGCUGAGGUCAGGUUGGCGCGUACAAAAAAGCUCGUGGGUGGAGGUCUCACUUUCAUGAGAUUCGCGUCAUGGUCCAACUGGAUAUUUCGGUUCAUUGACUCUUAUAUCGUGGGUCUUAUUCCGCAGAAGUGGUUAGCAAGCCUUAUGUUUGCCGGAAGUACUGGCGCGUACAAGUCCACCACGUUGCCCGCUCCGAGCCCCAUCUACGAGCGUUCCAAAGCUAAGAAAGUCUGA